CCUGCUCUCUCUGAAGGGCCAUGUCAGAAGGGGGGAGCAAGGACAGUUCGGGCAGCGAGUGCCCUGUGUGCUACGAGAAGUUCCGGGAUCUGGAGGGUGCCAGCCGGACCCUGAGCUGCGGCCAUGUGUUCUGCCACGACUGCUUGGUCAAGUACCUGCUCUCUACCCGGGUGGAUGGACAGGUGCAGAGGACUAUCGUCUGCCCCAUCUGCCGCUACGUCACCUUCCUCAGCAAAAAGAGCUCCCGCUGGCCCUCCAUGCUGGACAAGAGCUCACAGACCCUGACCGUGCCCGUGGGCCUGCCCUCCAUGCCCUCCCCGGACCGCGGGGGCCACACAAACCCCCUGGCUGUCUCCCAGCAGGUCUGGAGACAAUCGCCAAGCCAGGGGACUCAGCUCCCCCUGGACCUGCUGCCCACCCUGCCCCGAGAGUCCCAGAUCUUCAUCAUCAGCCGCCAUGGGAUGCCACUGGGGGAACAGGACAGUGUGCUGCCCCGACGCAGCCUGGCGGAGAUCUCCGAGGCGUCCCCAGCUCCCAGCGCCACCCGCUCCUUCUGCUGCAGGUCUCGGGCCCUCCUGCUCAUCACCCUCAUCGCCGUGGUGGCCGUGGUAGCUGCCAUCCUGCCCUGGGUGCUGCUGGUGAGGAAGCAGGCUUGA